AUGGCGGAGGGUCGCCGGCAGAGCGGGGUGGUGAGCUGGUUCAGCCCUCAGAAGGGCUUCGGCUUCAUCAAGCCCGAUGACGGCGGAGAGGACCUCUUCGUCCACCAGACCUCCAUCCGCGCAGAGGGCUUCCGCGUUCUAAGCGAAGGCGAAACGGUGGAGUUUGACGUCGAGCGUGGCGACGACGGCCGCGCCAAGGCCGUCGACGUCACCUCCUCCGGCUCCGGCGCCGGCGGGAGGGCGAGAGCAGGAGGGGACGCCUACGGCGGAGGCGGCGGCGGGUGGAGGAGCAGCGGCGGCGGCGGCAGGUUCAGUAGCUCCGGCGGGGGAUGCUACAGCUGCGGGGAGAGCGGCCAUCUGGCGAGGGACUGCCCCCACGGAGGAGGAGGAGGAGGAGGAGGAGGAGGAGGAGUGGGAGGUGGUGGCGGCGCCUGCUACAACUGCGGGCAGAUCGGCCACCAUGCCAGGGACUGCGGCCGAGCGGGAGGCGGCGUGGGGGCUUGCUACAGCUGCGGCCAGACUGGUCAUCUGGCCAGGGACUGCACCUCAGCACGAGGCGCCGGUGGCUUCUCCGGCGGCAGUGGAGGAAGCUGCUUUCACUGCGGCAGGCCCGGGCAUUUCGCCAGGGAAUGCCCUAACGUUGGGUAG